AUGUCACUCUGGCCUUUUCGUAUUGGCAAUGAUAGUCGCUUUCAAAUAACUAGUAAAGAAGAAAGUAUAUAUGAUGCCAUUAAGAAAGAUAUGCCCCCGCAUCGUUAUGAGAUUGAAUUAGAUAAAUAUAUGGAAUGGCGUUGGCGUCGUGGUUUAAUUCAAAGUGUAUUUCCCGUAACUUGUUAUAGUGCUAUUUUUGGUUUCUUCGUUGGAUUGCGGCAGGCCCGUAUUGAAGGUCGAUAUAUUGGACGUGGUAGAGUUUUAUGGCGAUAUUGCUCAACCUUUGCCGCUGUUGGAUUGUUAACAACGGCCUUUCAUCAUAUACUUGUGGUACGGGAUCAUUACUGUGAUAGAUGGUAUUAUCCAAUGAUGGCAGGAGCGUGUGGGGCGGUGUUGUUAACAGUGGUUUCACAGAUGGGAACUAUUGCACAAGGUAUGUUUGCAGGUUCUUUUGUUGGGGUAAUGUAUACACUUGGUUGUUAUGGUAUGGAUUAUUAUCAUAAACGACAGAUGAAAAUAUUUUUACGUCAACAACAAACACAACAAGUUCCUGUACAUAAAGUUUCACCAGAACUUCAACGUAUGUAUAGAGCCUAUCUCUUUGAUAAUAGACCAUUAGAGGAGGAGGAUUAUCGUAGACGACAAAACAUGAUUCUCUCUAUUGGAGCUGAUGAGAGUCGAUUAGAUGCUAAAGCUAUUGUUCAAAAUAUGGCUCCAGAAAUGUUUGAUUGGGUGAAUUUUCCCGAUUGGUGGCCGUUAAAGUUUCCUCAGCAAACAGAGGAAGAACAAAUGAUAUUUGAACGGCAGCGUGAAGAGGAGGUGGAACGACGAAAACGGGCCUUUCUCGAAGAGGAUACAAAUGUGUUAAAACGUCUUAACAGAGCGAAAAAGUAUCGUGAUGUCUAG